AUGGCUACAAGCGACACCAUCGCUCUUCCGGACGGAUUUUCCUGCAAGACCGUCAAGUUCACCAAGGAGCAGCUUCAGUCUCUUCCCAAUGACUACUAUACUUGUGUCGGGGAUCAGGUCUUUCUAUGUCCCUGGAAAGUGGAAUGCAGAUACCUCGUACCCGCUACGUGCACUAUCAAGCUCACGUGGUCAUCGGGGGCAGAUUUGGGAGACCCCGACGAUGUUGCAGACUGGGAGAUCAGAGGGCCUUUCGCUCUGGCUAAGGCUAUCGGACAGCGCCGAGCCCGGUUCCCAACCUGCAAGCGUAUGCUUGGCUACAUCGUCCGCAAUGACUAUGUGCAGGUUUUCUUCGAGAAGCCGCAGAUUCUGAAUGAUGGGGCCGUUGUGUUGAAGAAGGUCGAGUUUGACGGACGGUCGACAUUUCACGGCCACAACGACAAGGAAACCGUCCUGAAACCCCUGAACAGGGUGGUCCCACGUAAUAAGUAUGACCCGAAGGAGGCUGAAUGGUGCCGUGCGUGUCUCCGGCAGAAGGGGACUCCCGUGGAGGGCUUUGGCUUCACUGCGCUCCUACCUGUGGUGGAGCAAACCGGGUUUGAAGACUGUAUCUCUGCCAAUGCAUGCCUGAUAUGUGGGCGGGAGCAUGAGCCCUAUAAUGUGAAUCGAAAGACUUUAACUGCUUAG